GCACAAGUUAACUUCAGUUUGGACAUUUUGAACUGAGUGAAAGAGAAAAAACACUAUACCGAAGACAUGGAGCAGGUGUCAGAUGAUGAGUUGGACCAUGCUGCUGAAGAAGACAGCGAUAAGGAGGACCAGGAUCUGGACAAGAUGUUUGGUGCCUGGUUGGGAGAACUGGACAAACUCACACAGAGUUUGGAUGAUGGGCGUCCUGAGAAAGUGCAGAAAGCUCCUCUCAGACAGGAAACAAACCUUGCCAAUUUCUCCUACCGUUUCUCUAUGUACAACAUCAACGAAGCCAUUAACCAAGGCGAGACAGUGGACCUGGAUGCCCUCAUGGCCGACCUGUGUUCAAUAGAACAAGAGCUCAGCACUAUCAGCAAACCCAUGAGCAAGCCCUCAGAUGGCAAAUCUAGACAAAGACCCACAGGCCGCUCGGCCAGCACCAAACACAUCGGAGGGGGCAGCAGCGGAGGAAGCACCAGCAGCAGCACCAGAGCUUCUCCGGCCUCCACCGUACGCGGUGGCAGCAGUCAGUCACGACCCCUGGCCUCCAACUUCUCCCUGGAUGACAUCACUGCUCAGCUAGAAAAGGCGUCCCUGAGCAUGGAUGAGGCGGCGAGGCAGACUUCUGAAUCGUCCUCAUCAUCUUCCUCCUCAUAUUCAUCUGCAACUCUCUCUCACCCGCCUUCUAGCGCACACCAUCGCCGCACAGGAUCGGUUGGGACGGUCAGUGACCAGGAGGUGCGCUCCAUCGGUCAUUCGUCCAGGUCAAGCGUCAACUCUGCCUCGGCAUCCAGCAUGGAUUCACUGGACAUUCGAGGGCAGGAGAAUGAGGCGCAAUCACAGAAUCAGAGCCAAAGCCAGACUAGCACAGAGCAUGUCUCACUGCGAAGGGCCAAUGGUAAAGCUACCAGACGGCAUCUUGACUUCACCUCACAGGAGGGAGAGGUGGAUCAAAGUACUCACUCGUAUCUGGACAGGGAGACCUCUCUGAUUCUGAAAAACAUUGCAGGAAAACCCUCUCACCUGCUGACCAAGGAGGAACAGGCUGCCAAAGCGAAGGCUGAGAAAAUCCGUGUGGCGCUAGAGAAAAUUAAAGAAGCCCAGGUUAAAAAGCUGGUGAUACGUGUACACAUGUCAGAUGAGAGCUCAAAGACCAUGAUGGUGGAUGAGAGGCAGACGGUCAGGCAGGUGCUGGACAGUCUGCUGGAUAAAUCUCACUGCGGUUACAGUCCGGACUGGGCCCUGGUUGAGACCAUCCCUGAGCUACAGAUGGAGAGAAUUUUUGAAGACCAUGAGAACCUGGUGGAGAACUUGCUCAACUGGACCAGAGACAGUCAAAACAAACUCAUGUUCAUUGAACGGAUUGAAAAGUAUGCACUUUUCAAAAAUCCACAGAACUAUUUACUUGGGAGGAAGGAGACCUCUGAGAUGGCAGACAGAAACAAGGAGGCAUUGCUGGAGGAAUGUUUUUGUGGAAGCUCAGUGUCUGUUCCUGAAAUUGAGGGAGUGUUGUGGUUGAAGGAGGAUGGCAAAAAGUCUUGGAAGAAGCGCUACUUUCUGCUGAGGGCAUCUGGCAUCUAUUUUGUGCCGAAGGGCAAAGCCAAGGCUUCAAGGGAUUUGGUGUGCUUCCUGCAGUUGGACCAUGUUAAUGUUUAUUAUGGUCAGGACUACCGGAGCAAGUACAAGGCCCCCACUGACUACUGCCUGGCCCUCAAGCACCCUCAGAUACAGAAGAAGUCACAGUAUAUCAAAUACCUGUGCUGUGAUGAUGUCAGAACUCUACACCAGUGGGUUAAUGGCAUUCGUAUUGCUAAGUAUGGGAAGCAAUUGUAUGUGAACUACCAGGAAGCCAUAAAGCGCACAGAAGCUGCCUAUGACUGGUCUUCUCUCUCCAGUACCAGCAUCAGGUCGGGAACAAGCUCAGUCAGUAUACCUGAAUCACAGUCAAACCACUCUAGCCAAGCAGACAGUGGUUUGUCAGAUGGUACUUCGUCCUCCCAUGCCCGUUCCCAGAGUGUAGUCAGUUCAAUCUUCUCUGAGGCCUGGAAGAGAGGGACGCAAAUAGAAGAGAGCACAAAGGCAAGGCCAGAAUCAAUGCGUUCUACCCAUUCAAGCCAUAGCAGCCAUUCUUCUCAUCAUGUGCCUCAACAGCAGCAUCCACACCCACUGCAACAGCCACAUCCACAUUCAAUUCCACAGUCACGUGGAAGUGUCACCCAGGCACCGGCACUAAUACAGACACCGAUACAGGCACCAGCACAAAUACCACCCCAGGCAACUCCAGCCCCACCACCGCCACCUCCUCCACCACCUCCUCCACCCCCUCCUCCUCCUCCUAUUUCCAAUAUCCCCCACCAUGCCACACCUACCAUGUUCGCCAAAUACAGCACUAUCACUCGGCUGCAGAAUGCCUCUCAGGCCACAAGUCACCACAAGCCUCCGCCUCAAGUCCAGCAGCAAGUGCCACCAGUCCCACCGGCCUCCAAACCACAAUCGAACAAUAUUCCACCAGGGGCUAACAUCCCACCCCCUCCUCCUCCACCUCCACCUGCCUCAAUGCCUCCACCUGGAUCAGCCAUGGCUGUUUUGAAGCUUGGUCCUCCAGCCCCAGCAACAGUUUUACAGUCCUUCCCUUCUCCUCCCCCCUCACCUCCACCACAUCCUCCCAUAAUGCCCAUGCAGUCACAGCCUCUACCGCCUCCACCUCCCAUACGGCCAAUGCAGUCACAGCCUUUCCCACCUCCUCCUCCCAUAAGGCCAAUGCAGUCACAGCCCUUACCACCUCCUCCUCCCAUAAUGCUAAUCCAGUCACAGCCUUUACCACCUCCUCCUCCCAUAAUGCCAAUGCAGUCACAGCCCUUACCACCUCCUCCUCCCAUAAUGCCAAUGCAGUCACAUCCCUUACCACCUCCUCCUCCCAUAAUGCCAAUGCAGCCGCAGCCUUUACCACCUCCUCCUCCCAUAAUGCCAAUGCAGUCAAAGCCUUUACCACCUCCUCCACCCAUAAUGCCCGUGCAGUCACAGCCUUUACCGCCUCCUCCACCUCCCAUAAUGCCAAUGCAGUCACAGCCUUUACCACCUCCUCCUCCCAUAAUGCCAAUGCAGUCACAGCCUUUACCACCUCCUCCUCCCAUAAGGCCAAUGCAGUCACAGCCCUUACCACCUCCUCCUCCCAUAAUGCUAAUCCAGUCACAGCCUUUACCACCUCCUCCUCCCAUAAUGCCAAUGCAGUCACAGCCUUUACCACCUCCUCCUCCCAUAAUGCCAAUGCAGUCAAAGCCUUUACCACCUCCUCCACCCAUAAUGCCCGUGCAGUCACAGCCUUUACCGCCUCCUCCACCUCCCAUAAUGCCAAUGCAGUCACAGCCUUUACCACCUCCUCCUCCCAUAAUGCCAAUGCAGUCACAGCCUUUACCACCUCCUCCACCCCCUCUUCAGGCUAAUGGCCUUCCCCCUCCUCCACCAUCCUCGACAGUACAGGCACCUUUCAUAACCAAUGGACUCAAGAAGGUCCUUGCCCACAAAUUUCCCAAUGUCCCCCAGGAUAUAAUACCCCAGGCCAAUCAGAUCAAUUCUCCUCCUCCUCCUCCCCCCCCUCCACCACUGCCACCAUCAGCACCUACACUCCCUCGCCAACAGCAUAUUGCUACAGCUCCAAAUCCACCACCACCACCUCCUCCACCACCUCCACCAGCCCCCAUGCAGCUGCCAAUUCAACCUGCAGUUUUGCCCAAAACAUUCUCUGGUGGAUUUCCACCUCAGACAGCACCAAAACCUUCGUAUGGCAUUCUUCCAGUAUCCCCAGUAGCUCCAGCACCCCCACCACCUCCCCCACCCCCACCUCCUCGCACAGCAUCUCCAAGACACUACCCUUCUCCAACCAAACCUCAUCAGUGCCAUCUCUGGUUAAGCAGCUUGCUAGCCAGUUUCCUGUUGCGUCUCCUGCAAUGGCCAAUCAAACGGAGUCUCAAAGUCACAAAGCUCCCCAGUCCCUACCUGUAGUG